AUGAUGAGCAGAGAAACUUAUAAUCUGACUGUAGCUACAGUGAAAGAACCCACCAGCCCCACACGGCAAAUCAGGCCAGAGUCUGGCAGUCCUUUAUUCCCUAGUAAGCCCUCCUAUUCCUCUCUUAAUCCUUACAAUCCUGGCGACAAACAAAAAACAUUAAGAACUGCCCCCAGAAAACUCGGAGAAAUCGACGAAAAAGAGCUCAAUGAUUUCGAAAAGUGGCUAGAGGUCCAAGAAACAAAGCUCCAGCGCAACGACAGCUACAAAAAAGAAGAGCACAAAACCAGGACAAAUCGUGCAGUGUCUAUUGAUGAAAGCAGAAUUUUCAAAGAAAAUGACCCUUAUAUUUACCGUAGAGUCCUAUUAAGCAGUAUUCCUAAUCACCUUAAGCCGCAAUAUGAACAAGAUGAAACCCUUAAAUCUUGUAGCUGCUUGAUGGAUUUAUUAGAAAUCAGAGAUAAAUACAUAUAUUUUGAUAACUCCCCCCCCUCCAUUAGUGAACAAAGCCAUUAAAAAAUCGCUAUUUUUUGUCCAAAAACCCACCCUCCAUGAGUGAACAAAAAUUUUUUAAUAAUAGAAAAAUUCUUUAUGGAAAAAAAUUUUGAUAAAUAAGUGAUAGUUAGUAUAAUGAAAUCUAGAGCUAAUUCUGUUUAAUUUUAAACAAAUUGCUUUUUGAAACAUAAAUUUUAUAAAUUAAAUUAAUAUUUGCUUUCCAAUGCUUGCUAAUUAGGAUUUUUUUAAAUUUCAAAACAAAAAAAUUCUAUGAAAUUUAUAUAUAAAUGUUUUAAAAAAAAAAAAAAUUACCCCUGCGCGAAUGAACAAAAUUUUUUUGUUUACUCACGGAGGGGGGGAGUAAGGAAAUUUUCCAGCACCCACUUGUAAAGACUAUUCGAGACAAAGGAGCCACAGCAACUCUGUAUGAAGCUCUUAAGGACGAAAGCUUGGCCUAUUAUGUGGAAGAUGGCGUUUAUAAGUACAAAGUAAAUAAUGAGCCUGUUAAUAUCGGAAUUAUUUCAGCUAGAGAAUUUUAUAUUUAUUUAUAAUAAAUUAAUAAUUAUAAAAUAUUAUUUAUUAUUAGAAUAAAAAGUGUUUAUAAAGGUAUACUCAGAUUUACAGUUCGUGCUUAGGUCUUCAUAUGAAGCUCCAAACAAAUCUUUUUGCUAUACCAGGCUUAAACUGCUUCAAAUGAAGUUCCAAAUGCAUAUGAUGUGCAACGCAAACAGAGAAAAUAUCCAUGUGACUUCAAGACCGUCAAAAGAUUUUUACAGCAUUACAAAGGUAGAUAACCAUGUACAUCUUUCUGCUGCAAUGAACCAAAAACACUUGCUGAAAUUCAUAAAAAGGAAGCUAAAGACUGAACCAGAUACCAUUGUGACCUCUGAAAAUGGUAAUGGAUUGACAUUAAAACAAGUAUUUGAUUCACUUGGGAUUAGGCCAGAAUCAUUAACUGUGGAUGUGCUUACUCACUCUCCGUUAGCGAACAAAAAUUUUAAGGGAAGUAAUAUUUUAUAUUAAUUUCUUUUUGCUUCAUAAGUGAAAAGAUUUUUAACAAGCCAUAGACUCAAUUUUAUAUACGAUGACAUUUCAAAAUAUUUUUGAAAUUUUAAAAUUAAUUUACAUAGAUAAGUAAAAUGAAAUUUUACCAAUAAAUUAUAAUUUUUUUCGAAAUUAAAAAUUCUAUUUCGCAAAAAUUUUAAACAAUACUAAUUUAUUAUAUUUAUUUUAAAAAAUCAACCAGUUUAAAAUUUAAUAGAAUUAGUUAGAUUUAUUUAUAAAUAUUUUAUAUUAAAAAAUUCUUGAUUGCUCAAUUAUUUUGCUCGCUCACGAGAGGGAAGUUAAUUGUUAUGCUGAUAAAAAUACUUUUCAUAGAUUUGAUAGGUUCAAUAACAAAUACAACCCUAUCGGACAAGCGAUUUUGAGGGAAAUUUUCUUACAGACUGAUAACUACUUUGGUGGAAAAUUUUUUGCAGAAAUUGUGAAAGAGCUAAUUAAUGAGCUAGAGAUUGGAAAAUAUGUAUUGGCGGAAUAUAGACUCUCGAUAUAUGGAAGAAGCUACGAUGACUGGCAGAAUUUGUCACAUUGGUUUGUGACCUAUAAUAUGAAAUCUAACUGUGUGAAGUACUUAAUUCAAAUAGCGAGACUUUAUAAAGCUUAUAAACAGGCUGGAGAUAUAGAAUCAUUCCAAGAAAUGCUAAUUUUCCAUGACUUACUAUAAACUAAUAUAAAUAAAAUGAAAAUCAUUCAAUUAUCUAUUCUUUAGAGAUAAAAUUUGGUUCUGUAUAUGAUCAAUAACUAUUAUUUUGUUUAAUUUUAAAAAAACUUUUUUUUAUUCAUUUAAAAUUUUUAUUUAAUUUUAUAGAAAGAGUAAGAAAUAUUUUUGAGCCUAUUAUAAAAGCAACACUUGAGCCCGAGGCAUACCCUGAAAUUGCUGAAACCUUAACCCAAGUGGUUGGUUUUGACACAAUUGACAAUGAAAACAAAAUUGAAAAAGUGACGAGCUACAGCAACUACAAAGUUAUAACCCCAGAAGACUGGACAGCAUCAGAUAAUCCUCCAUACAGUUACUUCAAUUAUAGCCCCUGAAAUAUUUUGAUCAUUAUUGGCUAUCCAUUUUAAUUUCCAAAAAUUAAUUGUACUUGUCAGGUUUUUGAAAAGUAAAAACGAAAAUGACAGAUCUCCGUUUAUGUUUUUAAGGUGCCUAAUCAGGCUUUUACUGUAUAAGGGAGGUGCCCUGUACCAUUUUUUUCUAGUCGGUAUUCUGCUGGGGUAUAGAGAUCUAUUAAGGUGCAUGAGCUAUACUACAUCUACGCUAAUAUAGUCUCUAUAAAUCACCUCAGAAGAGCAAGAGGUAUGAACACUUUUUCCUUUAGACCUCAUUGUGGAGAAGCUGGCAGCGGUGACCACCUUGCAACUGCCUAUCUAAUAGCACACUCAAUAAACCAUGGAAUUGAGCUUAAAAAGUCCCCUGUGCUCCAAUAUCUGUAUUAUCUCAAGCAGAUCGGACUAUCUGUUUCUCCUCUGUCCAACAAUAAGCUUGUAAUGAAAUUCCUAAACAACCCUUUCCAAAGCUUCUUUGCAAAAGGCCUUAACGUCGCCUUGUCAACUGAUGACCCAUUAAUGAUCCAUUUAACUAGAGAGCCGCUGCUUGAAGAAUACAAUGUAGUUACACAAGCUCUCGACAUGACUGUUGUCGACAUGUGUGAAAUUGCAAGAAACAGUGUUUUACAAAGUGGGUUUAGCCUUGAAGACAAAAAAAGAUGGCUAGGAAAAGACUUCCAGGACGGCUGGCCUAACUCUUACGAUCCUCACAAGUCAAACGUAUCAUGGAUCAGAUUUUCUUACAGAUUUGAGUGCUUCCAAGAAGAAAUGGACUAUAUUUCUCGUCACAUAGAAUAA